AUGGUGCCCUUGGACACACAACUUCUCCCUCUCCACACAAUCUGGGGAAUGGGGCGGCUGAUGCGCCAAAUCCUAAGUACUCACGCCCAUCACGCUUUCACAAGUCCGACGAUGGCUCACUUUCCUCUCGCUUACACUCGCUAUAACGUCGAGCAAUUAGUAUGGAACGCCAUACAGCGGUGGCUCGCCGGAUGGACGGUCCUGCUCCUGUCGACUUGGUAUGCACUGCCUGAUGGCCCACGACACAGUAUGAACACCAUCCACAAUCACCGUCUUUCCCAAAGUGGCCGCGGACACGGAGGAGGCAGUAUGGAGCGAGUCAACGUCUUCAUUCAGCCUUUGAUGGCUCAUAUGAACGUGGUGAUCGAGCAUUUGAAGAGGGCGGGGGCGACCAUACACCACCUCACAACCUACCCUCCUCAAUAUCAACAUCCCGGCGAGAGUUACAUCCUCGUCCCCACUCCCAAAGCGAUCGACUAUCCUCCAGACCACAGCCUCUCCAAAGACAGCCUGUCCAAGAGCUCUCCCUGGGCUUUCCAAGUUACCGUCACCUUCCUAGACGUCCGGCUUACGGACCGGGACGUCCGACCUUGGCAUGACCCCAUCUUCCGCCCUCUUCCCUUCGACCUCCCGAUCCCCAAUUUCCCGUCCACUACCAUCCUCGGUCCACCUGGUCCAGUCACGACGGCGUAUCGCUACUUUUGCGUCGCGGCGAGGGACGGUCCCCAGGCGUACUGCCACGAUAUCUUCUUCCAUACCGACCACCGCCCGGACUAUCGCACAAUCGACACAGUCAUCGUCUUCCCCAGGCUGAAUGGGACUUUCUUCGACUUUGGGCUGGACCGGUUCUGGUCCUUCCCGGCAGCCAAAGACAAUACCUCCACGCCGUUCGACACACUAAGGUACCUUGUCGAUAGGGAGGUACCGCCCAUCUUCCUCGGUGCGCCAUGGCUCCAGCAGGUCGCGGAGGGGAAACAGGAGGUACUCGUCGAAACGGGUCAAUUCGCGUUCGCGCUCCCCGAGCUCCGGCGUCGGGUGUACGACCACCGCGACAAGGUAGCGGCGUCUCGACAACCCCCUCCGGUCCCUCCCCGCAUAUACCGCUCGCAGUACUGCCGACCUCCCCACCCUUUCCCUUCCUUCGCGCCCGGGUACCCAAUAACGGCGCGGCUCCCAGGUAUCCCAUCCUCGGACGGUGUCCCUGGACUCGAGGUGGAGUCGGACAAGCGUAAGCUGGAUGGACAGCCCGAGCCGGACGCCGACUGGGCCGGCAAGCGGCAGAGAUACAUGGGAGGCGACCAAGAGGCGGGGCCGUCGAGGAUCUAUCAAGAGGAGCAGGGGGACAAGCGGACCGGGGCGCAGGAGGAGGCGGAAGAGGGGGAGAUUGCCGAAGAGCCCGAGAGGGAAGAACAGCCGGCUCCAGUCAUGGCUGUCCCGCUCUCGCUACGCAGUCCGUCAGUGACCGAGGUUGGCGCACCGUCCCAGCUGUGGAACUACGUCGAGCUGGUCCUCGGCGUUGAUAUCGAGAUGGAUAAGGUAGCCAAGACGCUUCUAGAGGUCUUUGAUGUCACGGAGUACAGGUUUGCCCAGAACCCACAGUCCAGCUUCCCCGACGCUGUGCAGGGAUCUCGGCCGUCUCCUAUCCUACAAGUGGGGACCACGGUCGAUCGAGGUAUAUCUAUGGUCAUCCGCUUCAUCAUGCAAAACAUUGAGGGGGUUGCGAACAUCGACAUCCGCCUUCCCGCCAGCUUAGUAUCAGAGAAGCUUGAGGACGCCGUGGCUCAAGGAUGGGACAUAACGAAUGAUCCGCUGGAGAAACGGCGUCCAUGGCAUGCAACCCCGCCCAAGAUCCUUGCGUUAUCUAUAUCGGGCGCGUCGGAGUGGGAGGAUCAGGUCCGGACACUAUGCGGGAGACUGGAUGGGGGAUGGCCGAAGGUCCCGGCUCAAGUCAGAUGGGAUUGA